CCAGGCUCUCCUCUUCCGGAGGAGGGGACCCAGGGACACGGUACUCCCCUCUCGAGCCCCGGGCUGUGUCCCUUUGGCCACGGUCCUGACCUCGGCAUCUGUUAUUCAGUGUGCGGCCCAAUCCCCUCCCCGCUGCCCUGCUGCCUCGCCCCAGGGAUCAGCCAGAUUCCGGGUCUCAGGGGAAACUGAAGGCUAGUCCUCAAAGAGGACAGGUUUUAACAGAUUUUUUUAAUUUUUGUUUUAAUUUUAAAGGUUUAUUUGAGCAAAAAUCAUUUGGAAUCAAGCAGCUCCAGACCGGAAGUGGUUAGGAGGGCUCCCAGAUUUCUUUUUUUUAACGACACUGCCGGUUGGGGAGUGGGGUGGGGGAAGGGGGUGGAGACAGGUAGUGAGUUGGAGAUCGACUUGUACACACUGUUAUAUUUGAAAUGCAUAAACAGCAAAGACCUACUGAAUAGCACAGGGAAUUCUGCUCAAUGUUAUGUGGCAGCCCAGAUGGGAGGGGAGUUUGGGGGAAAGCUGAUACAUGUAUAUGUAUGGCUAAGUCGCUUUGCUGUCCACCUGAAACUAUCACAUUGUUAAUAGGCUAUACCCCAAUACAAAAUAAAAUGUUGAAAAACAUUUUUUAAAAAGAAGAUGAAAAAAUAAUAACAUUUUGGGAGUUUGUUCCCUUCUCACACACUUCCUUUCCCUGACCUUGAUCCCUGUGUAACCCCAUCCCAGACACGGGGUUUAAUUCCCUUGUUCCCUGAAUUAAAGAGAUGACGCGCCUUCCCCAGGUCUCUGCAUGCUCCGGUUUAGAGGCUGCUGUCAUCUGCUGCCUCCCCUUCUGGCUUCAGCUCAGAGUGAGGAGGAGAUUCCAGGGCAGGAAACCCCGGAAAAGGCAGAACCCCAGUGUGUCCAGGGGACAAACACCUCAAGUUUCCGGUGGUGGGGCCAAGGACCUGCCGGACUGUGCAGAAGCCAUCAGGGUUCCCAGCUGGCAGGGCUGCCACAAGAGACCUGCCCGCACCAGGCGAUUCCUGGGGAGGAGAGGAACCAAGACCUUGAGAUGGGAAGCAAAUUCAGCCUCACCGCCAGCCUGUGACCCGCCAGGGAGACCACACAAGAGAGAGGUUGGGCGCCGUGAGCCCGGCUGUUUGAGCCACUCCAAAUCUAGCAGGCGUGGGGAGCCCCAGCCUGGGAACCAGCUCUCCACCAGCCUGUGGGACCCAAGGCCUCCCCGCACGGGCCAAGGCCUGGAGCGGCAGAAGCUGCCCCUUAGGGAGAAGCCUCACCAGUGCAUGCAGGAGAGUUUUCGGAUGGACAUCGGACUAGAGGAUCCACACUGGCAAGAAGCCAUCUCAUGUAGCCAGCGCGGGAAAGCCUUUGUGCACAGCUCCCAGGUCACACAGCCCCCACGGUUCCACAGCAGAGAGAAGCCGGUUGCGUGUCUGCGGUGCAGCCCUUCCUUCAGCCAGAGCUCCAGCCUCACUCAGCACCAGCGGGGCCACCCCGGGAAGGAGCCGUAUGCCUGCCAGGAGUGCGCGGCGCCUUCAGCAUUAGCGCCUUCCUCAGCGAGCAUCCACACCGGGGAAAAGCCCUCUGAGUGCAGCCGCACCUUCAGGGCCCUGUCGGACUUCUUCCAGCACCAGAGGCUCCACACUGCGGAGAAGCCUUUUGCUGUGCUAAGUGAGCAGGGCCUUCCUCUGAGCUUGCACCUGAGCCAGCGCAGGCAGGGGUCCCACUGUGGGCAUUUCUGCAGGAAGCAGCAAACAGAGCCCGGCCUGGAUCUCCAGACCACCACGGAGAGGGCUGCCCUGAUGGACACAUGCACAGCUUUCCAGGCUUCCUUCUGUGCAGCUUCAGCAGCUGAGCACAGGGCUCAGAGUGCAGAGCUGAUGCCUCGGCAGGCGGCCCUGAAAGAAGGGGGCUGUGAAGAGGCCACGCCAGGACUGUUACAGGGUCCUUCCCAGACACUGGGGCUUCCGGACCCUUGUGGGAAUGAGGAAGCUGCAGAGAAACCCAGAGGUUGCCCUCGGAGACAUGAGGUUCAUGAGGACAGAGUGUCCGGGUCAGAGGUCACCCUGAACACAGCGUCUGCAGUUGAUGGGAGAGGCCCCUGGAAAGGACGGCCUUACCGAUGCAGCACCUGUGACAGGAGCUUCAAAUGCUAUUCAGACGUGGUGAAGCACCAGAGCAUUCACUCUGGGGAGAAGCCCUACGAGUGCAGUGACUGCGGGAAAGCCUUCAUCCACAGCUCCCAUGUCGUCAGGCACCAGCGCAUUCACAACGGGGAGAAGCCUUACAUCUGUAAGGAGUGUGGGAAAGCCUUCAGCCAGAGCUUCAACCUCAUCAGACACCAGAGGAUCCACACAGGAGAGAAGCCGUAUGAAUGUGCUGAGUGCGGCAAGUCCUUCAGUCAGAGGUCAGACGCUAUGAAGCACCAGAGGAUUCACACAGGGGAGCGGCUCUACGAGUGCAGCGAGUGCAGGAAAACCUUCAUCCACAGCUCAAACGUCGUCCGGCACCAAAGGAUUCACCACAGAGAGAACCCCUACGAAUGCAAAGAGUGUGGGAAAGCCUUCAGCCAGAGCUCCAACCUCAUUCAGCACCAGCGAGUCCACACAGGGGAGAAGCCCUAUGCCUGCCAGGAGUGCGGGCGCGCCUUCAGCCGCAGCUCCUUCCUCAGUGAGCACCGGCGCAUCCACACCGGGGAGAAGCCCUAUGAGUGCGGUGAGUGCGGCCGCUCCUUCAGGGCCCUGUCAGGCUUCUUCCGGCACCAGAGGAUCCACACUGGGGAGAAGCCCUUCCGCUGUGCGCAGUGUGGCAGGGCCUUCCGCCUGAGCUUUCACCUUAUCCAGCACCAACGAGUUCAUGGCACAGAGUGAACCUGCUUUGGGGUGAACGUAGAGUAAAAGCUGAGUAAACACGGCUGGAGGGUGGGUAGCACGCCCUUCAGUCUUUGUCAGCACCCCGAGGCUCGUGCGCUGUGCUCCACGGGCCACAGGAAGAUAACACUGUCUUGUGGUCUGUGAGCUGCCCGUGGACACCCGAAGUCUACCACUGCCUCCGGGAGCAGCGGAAAGGAAAGAGGCUAGGGAAGGAGACUUGAUGCUGACAGGUGCCUCUGAAGCUGCUGUACUUCAUUUUCACAGCACUGGGGUUUCCUGGAGUAUACUUUACAUGAGGUGCAAUGCCCAGCUCUUAAGUGUUUGGUUAUAUAACAAAUACAACCUGUUCUGACCUUUAUGACUACCACACUAUCAAGAUGCUGACUAUUUCCAUCAACCCAGAAAGACUCCUCGGGCCCCUCAUCCUUAAAAGCAACCAACAGUGUUGUUCUUGUCACUAUAGUUUUGCUUGUUCUGAAAUGUUACAUAAAUAGUGAUAUAAUUUA